CUCUCUCUCUCUCUCUGGUUCCGGUCAGAACUCGGGUCCAGUAAACCCGAAUCAAAAUGGCGUCAGCCGGUCCACCCGACAUGGGCUUGUCUGCCCCUCCAGAUCUGAGGACUCCGUUUUGGAGGCUGUUGACCUCUCAGAGAGGGUCCAGCGGGGUUCGAAAGAUGACUGCAACAGAGGGUCCUGGAUCAUCUCAAAGUAUGAAGAAGACCAUCGGUCACCGGGGAGUUGACCCCACAGGAGAAACAACUUACAAAAAGACAACCUCCUCUGCCUUGAAAGGUGCCAUCCAGCUUGGGAUCGCACACACAGUGGGCAGCCUGAGUCAGAAAGCCGAGAGGGACGUCCUAAUGCAGGACUUUUACGUAGUCGAGAGCAUUUUCUUUCCCAGUGAAGGAAGUAAUCUGACUCCAGCGCACCACAAUGGCGACUUCAGGUUUAAGACCUAUGCCCCCAUUGCCUUCCGCUACUUCAGAGAGCUCUUUGGCAUCAGACCUGAUGACUAUCUGUACUCUCUGUGUAAUGAUCCAUUGAUCGAGCUGUCUAACCCUGGAGCGAGCGGGUCGAUAUUUUAUGUCACCAGCGAUGAUGAGUUCAUCAUUAAAACAGUGCAGCAUAAGGAAGCUGAGUUCCUGCAGAAACUACUGCCUGGCUACUUUAUGAAUCUGAAUCAGAACAAAAGAACGCUGCUCCCAAAAUUUUACGGCUUGUACUGCGUGCAAGCGGGUGGGAAGAACAUCCGUAUGGUCGUGAUGAAUAACCUCUUGCCAAGGAGCGUGCCUAUGCAUCUCAAAUACGACCUGAAGGGUUCUACGUACAAGCGGCGCGCCUCUCCUAAAGAGAUCGAAAAGAACGUCCCCACUUACAAAGACCUGGACUUCAUCCAGGACAUGCCCGAGGGCAUCCAGCUUGAACCAGACAACUACAACGCCCUCUGCAAAACAAUCCAGCGGGACUGCCUGCUGUUGCAAAGUUUCAAGAUUAUGGACUACAGUCUGUUGGUCGGGAUCCAUAACGCCAAUCAGGCAACUCGUGAGCGGACGGGGACAGUGGAGGGUGGGGUGUCUGAAGGGGCAGUGACGCCGGACCACAGAAGGCCACAGGUUCAAAAAGCUCUGUACAGCACUGCAAUGGAGUCCAUACAGGGAGAGGCCAAAGGGAAAGGAUCAAUGGAAACAGAGGACCAAUGGGGAGGAAUCCCAGCACGCAACAGCAGAGGAGAGAGAAUACUGGUUUAUAUUGGAAUUAUUGAUAUCCUGCAGUCAUACAGGUUUAUAAAAAAAAUAGAGCAUUCCUGGAAGGCCUUGGUUCAUGAUGGGGACACGGUCUCCGUACAUCGACCAGGAUUCUACGCCGAGCGAUUUCAGCGUUUCAUGUGCAACACCGUUUUUAGAAAAGCAUUAAAAUCAUCCCCAUCAAAGAAGAGUCGAGGAGGCUGUUCAAGUGUCGUCAGACGGCUUCCUAUGGGAAUUGCUGCUCCCGCCCCCAGCGGAACGUCGGCCAUUGAUGCCAGACUCCUGUAUCGUACUCACCUUAACCAAUCUGAUGUGGAGGGGGACAGUGGCAUGCAGUCGGACAGACCGGACCUGCUUCCGCACAGCUAUCCUUUGGAUGGAAGCAGUGAGUUUGCGGAGACAAAUCUAUCAAAUUCAUCAUUAGGUAGCACAGGAAUGAUAUCUUCUUCACCUCCUCAAAGGUCAGUAGGGGUGGAGGUGCACAAAUCUGCAGUCACGGAGGCUGACAAUGGCGCCCCCCAAAGCAUGGGAGCCGAAUAUUUAGAUGAGCAAUUAAGCAGCGAAGACGCAGUUUCACUACAAGACAUCCCAGAAACUGAAAUCUGCUUUUAAGAAAAGAGCAAAGAGCGGUGACAGAAGAGCAGAUGGCGGGGCUCAUCUGAGCGCUUGUAUAAUGGAGGUUUUCUCUGAAUGGGAGCUUUGGGUCUUCAGCACAAGAGAUCAUAAAAAUGUAUUUCAAAACAGAGUCAAAAAGACAGGAAAUGAAGAGAAAGCCCUGGAUGAGAGAGGUUUAAGUGGCUCUCUCCUGCACAGGUGAUGCUGCUAAACCACAGAUGUUAACCACAAAGUUAUGGGGAAAGUGAAAUUAGAUAUUUUAGUCACACGUUUUACUAUCUUUGUGUUCCCUAAACACACUCAAAACUGAACAAGCAGGAUGCACAAACUAAUUUUAGUUUUUUUUUCUUUGUAGUGAUGGGAGGUAGAUACACUCAUGCACGUUAUAUGCAGUCAGCACCACUUUAUAUUAUUGUUGGUUUAUUUUGCAUAAAUCUUUAUUUAUUUAGGUCUUUAAACCUGAAGCUUCUCUCUGAAAUGGUGUGAUGUUGAUGAGUAGCUGCUAGCGCUCCAGUGUAGAUAUAUGCAUCACACUGCUUUAAGUCAGCGAUAAAUAGAGACACCUUACAUUUCUUCAGGCAUGUCUGUACAUAUACAUAUAUGAAGGCUUAUGGUGAACCGAUGAGAGCUUCUCUUUGGUGAUUUUUUCCAGCUCUUUCUGUGUUGAGACAGCAUGUGCCCUUAUAGAGAUGAAAAACUGACCAAAAAUGAUUCUCGGUUGUUAGAAAGCAGAACGCAUUUUUAUGUUGAGGAUGUUAUAUAUGACCCUAGAGUAUCGCCUAUAUUUCAUGGUUGGCAUCACUGUUGCUUUCGUUAUUGCCUUUACUUUGUUGUUCUUUGUGCAUUUACAGUGCGUCUCGUUCGAUUUGGCGUGUGCGCGUUUAAAGUUUUCGUUCUUAAUUUCAGAUGCAAUGUGUUUGUGUUUCUAUGCAUUUUCUCCCUACUCAUGGCAAGUUGUCUCCGCAAAAAUGGACCAAUAUCAAGUUUAGCAAAACGGACAGAGUGACUUUCCUAUAAAGGCAGAUUUUGUUGCCAUGCCAUGAGCCUCCAUAAUAUUCAUGUACUGUAUUUGUGUAUAUAUCUUUGUAAAUAAUUAUUCAUUGUGUUCAUGUAUGUAUUACAACAAAAUGUUACUAAUGUGCUCUUAUAGCACAUCAGCUAUUGACUGAUUGAACGAUGUGCCAUGACGUCUUCCGAUCACCUGCCUUAAUGCAGCUAUAAAAAGCAAUGCAUUGGUAUGAAAACUCAUUUCUGCUGGAUACAGAAAUUGCAAGGCCUCAAAAUACACGGACCAAUGUGGAUAUGCAUGCAUUCGCUUCAUGUACCUGCUACAGAUGCUAAACCUCAAAAACGCAUUUGUAUUUUAAUGACCUUUUCACACUAACCUGAAUUGUUUUCUGGAGGUUCAUACAAUCAUGUAAUGUGUAGACAUGACAAUUUACAAGAGGAAUCGAAUGUAAAUUGAAAUUACAUUCCGAUGGGUUCUCGGUCGAUCACAAGCACACAUUCUCUGUAACCUCAGAAAAUUCGUAGCUGUACUGUUUGACCUCAUUUUUGACUUUUGAUUUAAACAAAUUUACACUAAAAUGAGUUUACCAGGGCACAUGUGAGCACUGUAUUUAACAGAGGAGCUGGAAAGUAACCCAAGGAGGCAUAGUUUCUGAUUAAUCUACUUUUCUAUUAUCUGAACAAUAGUGCUUUUGUCUGAUACAUUUAGAUUAUAAGACUGAACUGAGCUUGUCAUUUUUAACAGGGCCAUUUUUAACACACACUACUUCCACUUUUUUAAGUGCCCUCUUAUGCAUUUCUUAUUGGCUGUCAUUUAAACAAUAGUCUGAAGUGUUAUUAGAUGGAGGCAGGUCUUGAAGUAUUUAAAGAAGGGCUGACCGUAUUGAACUUUUUUUCUGAACAGUACUUUUUAUUAGUACGCUUCCAUCUGAAAACAGUUGGUGAAGUGCAUUCAUCUCUUAAAAAUUAUCUUUUUGCCAAGGACUACCUAAAGAAAUGUUUUCAUGCACGUAGAAUAUGCACAAGUACUUUGACAGUCUUUCCCAGACUGCUUUUGAAGAAACUACAGAACUGCUUUUUAUAAAGCUGCAGUAUUUAUGCACAUUCUGAUGGUUAAUGUGUUAAUAUCACAUUGUAGGUUGAAGGUUUAACUUAACAUUUUAUUUAUUUUUUGCUUUGCUUCUUUGGUUUGAAUCAUUUCAAUGCAUUUCUUCUUGUUUUUGUAAUUAAAGUCUUUGUCAAAUGUCACAAAACCUAACAUGACUGGUGAUAAAUUGUCAACAUCACAGGAACUUUACUACAUACGACAAAUUACUAGUUUGCCCCUUAAAGGAAACUUUUAAAGAUACAAAUCGAUAUUUAUUUUAAAACGAUAUAAAAGCAGAAAUAUAGGCAGGUAUUUUCUGGUAUAUUAUUAUGUUGAUGUUAAAUCCUAACCAAUGUAUGGAUGAUUGUUAUUGACUGUCAGAGAUGUGGAUUAACAUCCAUCGACCAUUGUGUGAAGAUUCUGCGUUGUCUGAUAAUCUCCCUAAAUUGCUUUUUUUUCUACUCAUUAAAAUUGCAUGUUUAUAAUAGAGUUCCCCUCUAUACCAUUGUGAUGGAUCAAAGUAACAGUAUACAACUGGCCUAAUAACAUUUGCUCUGUUAAACACCUACAGACUUGUGGAUAAAAAUAUUUGCACCGUUGGUAAAUGUGAGCAAAGAAAGCUGUAAAAAUAAAUCUACGUUUCUUCUUUUGAGCUUCAAUAAAAAAAAAUUGCUCAUAUUUACCAGGGGUGCCAACUACCAAUAUUUGUGUCCACAACUGUGUUAUGUUUCUUAUUUAGAAAUUUAGAUUGAUACAGUUGUCAUGUAAUUCUGACAAAGUUAAAAUCACAUACCUGUGUUAGUUUUUACCUAAUUUUACAUUCAGGGCUCACUUCCUAUUUCUAUUAUCUGUUUUUUGUUAUAUUCAACAGGGUAAAACGUUACCCAUCUCAAAAUGACAAAAUUCAGUAUACUUUAACCAUAAUACGCGUACCAAUAGAUUGGCCUGUUAAACUGUUAUUUUAGUUUAUAAGUUUGCAUUAUAGGUUCUAGAAACACUAAAACACACUCUAAAAAAUGGUGGGUUGCUAUUACCCAGGUUUGGGUCACUAUUGGACAGAACACACUGCAGGAUUAAAAUGACCCAACUGCUAGGUUGUUUUAACCUAACUACUGGGUUGUUUCAAUUCAUGGUUAAUUGACAUUAACCCAGCAGUGUGUUUUGUCCAAUAGUGACCCAACCCUGGGUUAAAAACAACCCAGCACUUUAGAUUAUAUAACUUAAAGGCCCCAAACGUAACUCUGUUGGCUUGACAAUAAUACAAAAGUAACACUAACUACACGUUAACCUAAAUACAUUGUGAGCAUAUCCUUUGGUCUUUAGGUUUACUUUUUUUCUAUAUAAAUUUUCAGAAAUAAUAAUGAGCAAUUUUGUGUUGAUUUCAAUAAUGAACAAAUGUUUGUACAACAGACACAUCAGUUGUGCACAGUGCACACAUCUUAAAUGCUGGCAAACCGGACACUAAACACAACCUACUGCAAUAUAAACAUUUCUGCUAAUGUCUUUUAUUGUAUUUAUUAUGAAACUUGUUGUCUUUUUUUAAUCUUGUAGGCCUGUAUGAUUUUUACAUUCUUUUUGUAUUUUAGAUGAUUGUAUGUAUUGUGUAAUCUGGCAGUUAGUAUAUUUCUCCAAUUGAAGUAGUAGAAGGCUAUGUACUUUAUUUUGUGUGGGAUGGAGCUUCUUGACAAUAUCAUUUUUUUUAAUUAUAUGUUUAGGGUGUGUUUACGAUAAAGAUUCCUGUUACUUAUAAAUGUGUGGAAGUUUCUUUUCAACAUGUGAAUGUCUGGCGAAACAACAACUGGCAAGUGCUUUAAUGCUAUAUUUUUACUGGGCCUGUAUAAAAUGUAUAUAUAAUGUGUAUAUACUGCAGUAAGCAAGUCACGAGAAUGCCUUUUCUCUUGCGUGGUGUUUGUUGCCUGUUUCUCAUUUCAUCUUUCAGUGAUGUGGUGAUGGUAUUUUUCACAUUGUCUUUCUGAUUUGAAAAAGAAUAAAAAUAUUUUUCAAACUUU